GUCUAAAGCAUUUAAUGGUCUUUAACACAGUCAACUCCCCCGGGUUUGAAACAGUGUUAAAUUCUCUCUUGCUUCUGGCAAAAGCUGUCAGGUCCAACACUGAAAAAAUUGGUACCAUUUCCUGGCCAGUAAGCACAGAACAGAGGGGCUAAAUAUUUUAUGGUUUUAUUUAUUUAUUUACUGUGUUCUCAUGCUGUAUUUUUCUCUUUUCUGUCUCUCCCUCCUGCUCGUGUCUGCCCAGGGCUGAUUGUUGUGACAUUGGCCAUAUGCUGGAUGCCCAACCAGAUUCGGAGGAUCAUGGCUGCAGCCAAACCCAAGCAUGACUGGACGAGGUCCUACUUCCGGGCGUACAUGAUCCUCCUCCCCUUCUCAGACACGUUCUUCUACCUCAGCUCGGUCAUCAACCCGCUCCUGUACACGGUGUCCUCGCAGCAGUUUCGGCGGGUGUUCGUGCAGGUGCUGUGCUGCCGCCUGUCGCUGCAGCACGCCAACCACGAGAAGCGCCUACGUGCCCACGCACACUCCUCCACGGACAGCGCCCGCUUUGUGCAGCGCCCACUGCUCUUCGUCGCGUCUCGGCGCCAGUCCUCUGCAAGGAGAACUAAGAAGGUUUUCUUAAGCACUUUUCAGAGUGAGGCCGAACCCCAGUCUCAGUCCCAGCCAUUGAGUCUCGAGUCACUAGAGCCCAACUCAGGCGCGAAACCAGCCAAUUCUGCUGCAGAGAAUGGUUUUCAAGAGCAUGAAGUUUGAAUGCCAAGCGAGGGAGCCUUGAGUGGGAACCGGCCCUCCUCCCCCAAGAAAACAUCACCCUCACUCUGCAGUCUCAAACGAUGCCCCCAUCAGGGAUGCAAUGGACACUGGAGGCUUUGCAAAGGCAGAUGCCCACCUCCGUGACUUCUAAGGGCUGACUCUGCCAGCAUGGCCUUGACUCUGGUUACACAGACAUGGGGGUGAACUUUCACUCCACCUCCUUCCUUGAAGUACAUACUGAAAAUUCAGCCAGACUGAAUUUAUUCAGAAUGCUUUACACUGCCUCAUUAUUUGCACAGGAACAAAUAACAUGGACUCCCGCUCCCUACCCAGAAUAAAAGGACACCCAGAAGAAACUCAGGGAGGUGGGGGGUUGGGGGCGAGGGCUGGAAGAACAAUGCAGGAGGGGGUGGCAUCUCCUUCAGCUUCAGCAGUGUGCCGAGAAGAGGGCUAAUUUGAGGAGCAGGAUCGUGGUGGGGAGCCCUGGCCUGAGGGCCGAGGCAGAACUUCCCCGUUUCUUGGGCCUUGGCCCGUUGCAAAGAGGGGUGUUGCAGCAGCUGAUGCACACUGAGUUCAGUUUCCCUGGCGAGCAGAAGGACUGGUACCCGGCAGAGGCGAUGAGACAAGCCGCUGAUGAUGCACAGGAUUUGCGGUACAUGAUCCCUGCAACACAGACCCAAAGGAGCCGAGUUAAUGUGCACUGGCAAAAAGGCUACCUGUCCCUCUCUGUCCAAAUCCAAAUGGACGGCUCUUCCUUACUCCUCCCCCAGCCCAGAGACUUGGUGAGGGCCAGGGAAGUGCUUCGGAUUGUCUCACUGAUACUCAAAACACACAAGAUAGAUGGUGAAAGAGGCACUAUUUCAUUAGUUUUAACCAAACUGUUCCAAAAGCUAUUUGAGAUGCCAAUACCAGUGAAUAAAGAGCUAUUAAAAUG